GGCUUACUUUUCCUCUGCUCUGAAUCUCGAGCUUUGACGUUUCACGAUUUGCUCCUUUAUAUAAAGCCAGCAAAGUGAUACCAAAGCAACUCAUCUACAUAAUACUCAGCAGUUUACAUUGUACAUCAACCAUGAAGAACAUCCUCCAGAGUCCAGAACUUCUUAAGUACAUCCUUGAAACGAGUAGCUAUCCAAAAGAGCACGAGCAAUUGAAGUUACUCAGAGAGACCACCGUACAAAAGUGCCAGAAAGAUUCGCUGUUCUUCAUGAGUGUGCCAGUGGAUGAGGCGCAAUUCUUAUCUAUUCUUCUUAAGAUCAUGAAUGCAAAAAAAACACUAGAAAUUGGUGUCUUCACUGGUUAUUCUCUUCUUGCCACAGCUCUUGCUCUGCCUCCUGAUGGCAAAAUAACAGCAAUUGAUGUGGAUAGAGAAGCCUACGAGAUUGGGUUGCCCUUCAUUCAGAAGGCAGGAAUGGAGCACAAAAUUGACUUUAUCCAUGGUGAUGCAUCAUCAGUCCUCAAUGAUCUUCUCGCUGAAAAACAACUGGAAUCAUUUGAUUAUAUAUUUGUGGACGCGGACAAAGCAGAAUACAUGAAGUAUCACGAGGCGCUUUUGAAGUUGGUGAAGAAAGGUGGAAUUAUUGCAUACGACAAUACCUUAUGGCACGGUGCAGUGGCUAUGGCUGAGGAAGAAGUAGAGUUAGAUGUCAUAAGGAAGAAAAGAAAGCAUGUGAUUGAAUUCAACAAGUUCAUAGCAAACGAUUCUCGCUUGGAAUCAGCCAUUGUUUCAGUUGGGGAUGGCAUAACCUUCUGCAGACGCCUGUGAUCCCUUCAAAGGGAAGAGAUUGGUAUAAAAUACUAUUAUGAAUAAAUUUAUAAUAUAGUUCCCGAAUAAAAGAAACAUAAACGUUAAAUAAAACAUCACUUUUAGUUAAUGAUAUGCCUCUCGCACUUAUGCUUUAGAGAAUCAAAGUUUAUGUUGAAGAAAUUGUUAAGCGAUGAUGUGUAUUGAGUUUGUAUGUCUUGUACCGUUGUAAAAGCUAUUUCCAAGUUAGUAUUAAUGUUAUUUUUGUCUUGAUCUUCUUUU